AUGGCGCUGGAACUGGACGUCACACAGAACACGCCCAAGAGGAUAUCGAUACACCCCACACCGGAACGAAGGAAGAAUCCCAUUAAGGGUGUUUUAAAGAAGAGAUGGGUUUCGCAAAAUGAUAGUCACCAUUUCAACGUGGGAGUGAUAUUCUCGACUCCAGUCUCAAACAGUAAGAACAAGGAGAAAAAAGAAAAGGCUACGAGAUUUAAUUUACCCACCGAAGAUACAUCAUCGGAAACUAAGGACCAGUCCAUGACAUUUGGAAAACAUAUUUCCACCAGCUUAGAAAUAUUUCCAACUAGGAGGUUAAGUAAGGGUGAAGGCAGCAAAUCACCCACAGACCUGUGUAAAACGCCCAUAGCCGCCCAAACGCCUUACAGAACACCAAAAAGCGUGAGACGCGGGAAUCAAGUUUCCGAUCAGAGAAUAUUGGGUACGCCGGACUAUCUCGCACCCGAAUUAUUACUCAGGCAGGGACAUGGGCCACAAGUAGAUUGGUGGGCACUAGGAGUAUGCUUGUACGAGUUCAUGACGGGCAUUCCGCCCUUCAAUGAUGAGACACCACAAGCUGUCUUCAACAAUAUUUUAUCCAAAAACAUAGAAUGGCCUGAAGACGAUGAGGCAUUAUCUAGUGAAGCAGUGAGUGCAAUCGAGGCCCUGCUCACAAUGGAGCCGAAGGAACGUCCUGCCGCCGCAGAGGUCAAAAAGAUGCCAUUAUUCAAAGACUUGGACUGGGACAAUCAGCUUAACGUAGAACCUCCUUUCAUACCUACGCCAGGUGAUAUCCACGACACUGGAUACUUUCAAGCUCGCAACAUUCUACAACAACUCCAAGUGUCCAACUUUGACAUAUGA